AUGUCCUUGUGCACAUCAUCACUAGAAGAAGCCUCCAGCGCCAGCGCCACAAUGCCACACUUUCCCACCAGCGGCAACACGGUGGCGAGCGAAGCACUUUCCAAACUGUCCAUCGGAGAAGGCAUAGCCCAGAUGCCAACCUCAGAAAUCCCUCGGCCACAUCGUAUCACAGUCAAGAAUCGCAGAAAGCGCUAUCUUGAUCUCCACCCUGAAUACUUCCUCAGCGCCGAGCUUGAACUUGCAGACCCUUUACUGUACGACAGACUUGUGCGACGCUAUCAGUCCGCAGACGAACGCGAGAAAGAAGGCCGUCAGCGAGGCUACACUGGAGUGCUUGAGGCAGAUCUGGUUAGAUCAGAAGCCAAGAUCGAUGCUCUUAAGCAUCCGGAUCCCAAUAGCCCACUCGUGUACAAACGAGAUGGCCGUGGAUCCAUCUACUCCGUCGAUCAAGAUGCCGAGGACCAAGCCAUGAGUAAAGACGACGCCUGGGUGAGGUGGAUUGACGUGAUGAGUCAGAGGUUCAUGCGUGGCGACGACGGCGACUUCGACUAUGCUGCUGUAGAUGGCAUCGAAGACUUCGAUGACCGGGACGAAGAGGAGCGAUCCAGGCUUGAGCAAUACUUUCAGACCGAAGAAGCGCAAUUUGUAGGACAUGGGAACCCGACUGGAGAGACUGGCAUUCAAGACUACUAG